AUGGCAGCCUUAGCUGGUUAUAUUUUUGCUUUUACAGCUGAAAAUAUUGUUAAACAUUAUAAGUAUGAGAAUUCGACAACAUUUUAUACUGAUUUAAUAUAUCCAGUUUGGUAUCCAUUUGAAUUAAGUAAUAAAUGGAUUUAUGGUUUAGUUAUUGCCCAACAAAUUCAUAUAAGUAUUGUUGGAACUGUUUCAACUUUAUACAUUGAAUUAUUGCUAAUGUCAAUGGUUAUGUUAUGCUCCACAUAUUUUAGUAUAAUCUCAAAAGAGAUUUUACAAUUGAAACCAAAUCGGAAUCAGAUGAAUAAGGAAAAACUUAAAUUAAUUAAAAUAAUUAAAUAUCAUACAGAAAUGUUAAAUUUAACUGAAACCAUAAAUAAUACUUUUUCAAUGGCGGUUCUUUUCAAUUUUUUGGCAUCAUCCAUUAUAAUUUGUUUUAUUGGAUUUCAAGUUGCAUGUGGUGCUGAAAUUUUAGAAAUAUUAAGAAGAAUGUGGUUUCUAUUAUAUGAAAUUGUUCGCGUUUAUAUAAUUUCAUAUUUGGGUGAAGAACUAAUUCAGUCAAGUGAAGGUGUUUCAAAAUCUGCUUAUGAACAUUUUUGGUUCAACGGGGACAUUAUUUAUCAGAAAUGUAUUUUAUUUAUAAUAACAAGAUCUCAAAAGCCUGCAAUAAUUAAUGCUAAUGGAUUUGCUGUUGUUUCAUUGAAAACUUUCACUAAAGUAUGA